CUGCUCCACCAUGCCGCCCACAGUCCUGGUGCGGGUUGGCCUGGCUUUGGGAGUUGCCGUGGAUUCUGGUGGAAGGCAGGUUAGGAUUGCUCAUACAUCCGUGCAUUGAAGAGCUGACAGGAGCUGCCCCGGGGCUGGUCUGAUCUCUUCGGGCUGCCGAGACCAGACCUGCUCAGGACCUCCUUAGAGCUGAGAAUGUGGGCUGAGCUCCAGCACUCCCUGACGUACGGCUACCUGUCUGUGACUCACUUCCUCAAGCGGGUUUAAAUACUGCUCUGACAGCCUGUUGCAACACAACAGAGGCAAACAGCAGCCAGCAGCAGCUCGAGAGGUGCAGAGACAAUCAGAGCAUGGAAUCGGUGGCAAGUGUCUACAUAUUCAGCGUUCUUGCUCUGGCUGCAGCUGUGAGUGACCCCACUCUGACCCCUGGCCCGGUGACCCCACCGACAGUCAUCGCCCCGCACAACCAGUCCAGGGUCCAGGAGACGCACCACGGAAAUCCCAGUCCCCCCAUGGCGCUGAGCUCGAAAACGUCCUGUCUUCAAAGUGACCAAGAUUAUUGUAUGAACGGCAUAUGUCAAUAUCACGAAAACUCCGACCUGGUCACCAAAUAUCGUAUCUGCGUCUGUCAUCCGGGAUACUCGGGGUCACGGUGUCAAUAUGCACCAUUGUCAACACGCACACUGGAGAAGUCGGAACGCUACCUGUACAUUGCGGUGGGGAUUGGGAUCGGACUGUCGCUCAGUGGGCUCGCCGUCUUGCUGUUUUACUGCUUGCGGUGGAGGGCCCAGGAACGUAAGAUGAGGUACGGUGCGUGUCCGAGGCAGGCAAAUGUUUGACGACUCUGGUGGAUGACCCUGGUCCUCUGGUCUGAUCAGCUGACCCACCGAUGGAAACCAGCAGCCCAGAACCGCGAGGAACUGCAAAUGUACAUUAUGCUAAACAACCCAAGAAUGAAUCACACUUCUGGCACCUCUCCCGGCCUUUGUUAAUCCACUGCGGCAAAGUCUUACAAGCUAACCGGGAAAAGUCCGUUCAAUGCUUCAUUCCAUGCCGACUCAAUGUGGACCCAAGUGUUCAUGACUUGCAUCAACGAUAUGGAUGACAGGACCAAGUAUCAUCUGUACAAGUCUUGCAGUGCUCGGUGGCAUUGUGAGGAGGCAGGAGGAUGUGAAGAGGCUUCGAGGAGGGAAUGGCCAAGGGUGUGGUGGGUGGAGGAUGAUGUCGGAUAUCAUCCACUGGUGCAUAUUGAGGGAAGUUUUCAUUGAAACUCAACGAAUACUGAAAGGCCUGGAUAGAGUUGAUGUGGAGAGGAUGUUUCCACUAGUGGGAGAGUCUAGGACCAGAGGAGGUUUAGGAGAAUGAUCCCAGGGAUGAUAGGGUUAACAUAUGAUGAGCGUUUGAUGGCACUGGGCCUGUACUCGUUGGAGUCUUGAAGGAUGAGGGGGACCUCAUUGAAACUUACCGCAUAGUGAAAGGCCUGGAUAGAGUAGAUGUGGAGAGGAUGUUUCCGCUUCCGGUGGGAGAGUCUACGACCAGAGGAUACAGCCUCAGAAUAAAAGGAUAUACUUUUAGGUCAGAAGGUUAUAAGUGAUAGGAACAGAAUUAGGCCAUUCGGCCCAUCAGGUCUACUCCGCCAUUCGAUCAUGGCUGAUCCACCUCUCCUUCUUAACCCCAUUCUCCUGCCCAUAACCCCUGACACCCAUACUAAUCAAGAAUAUAUCUAUCUCUGCCGGUAAUAUAUCCACUGAUCUCGCAUCCACAGUCUUCUGUGGCAAAGAAUUCCACAGAUUCACCACCCUCUGACUAAAGAAAUUCCUCCUCAUCUCCUUCCUAAAAGAGAGCCCUUUAAUUCUGAGGCUGUGCCCUCUGGUCCUAGACUCUCCCACUAGUGGAAACAUUCUCUCCACAUCCACUCUAUCCAAGCCUUUCACUAUUUGUAUAUUAUAGAAAGGAGAUGAGGAAUAAUUCCUUUAGCCAGAGGGUGAUGAUUGGGCUAACAUACGAUGAGCGUUUGACGGCACUGGACCUGUACCUGCUGGAGUCUUGAAGGAAGAAGGAGGGACCUCAUUAAAACUUACAGACUAGUGAAAGGCUUGGAUGGAGUGGAUGUGGAGAGGAUGUUUCCGCUGGUGGGAGAGUCUAGGACCAGAGGGCACAGAGUAAUAAGCAUGUGAAGGGAAGAACAAGCAGGCUGUGGUGUGGGGGAGUAGGUGGGAACGACUGGA